AGCCCUAAUGCAUGCUUCGCACCUCCAAAUGGGGGCGGCUCGCGCGCGCGGUGCUCCAGUCGCACAGCCUCGAUCUCCGCGAGCAGGAGAACGCGUUCGCGAAGGUGGUGCGCGAAUGCGGGCAGGAGCGCGAUCUGGAGCGCGGGCGGAGGAUCCAUGCACAGAUCCAGGACGCCGGCAUCGCCUCCAACACAUUCCUGGGCAAUCUCCUCGUCCAGAUGUAUGGCCGCUGCGGCUGCUUCCACGGCGCGCGGGCGGCCUUCGAUGCCAUCCAGCGCCGGAAUGUCUUCUCGUGGACGCUCAUCGUCGCCGUGUUCGUCCAGCUCGGGCACCUUGACAAAGCCAAGGAGAUGUUUGAUCGGGCGCCAGAGCAAGACCUUGUGUCGUGGACUGCGAUGGUUACCGCAUAUGCCCAAGCCGGGCAUCUUGAGGAGUCUAAGUUUAUGUUUGAUCUCAUGCCGCAGCACAACGUCAUUGCGUGGAACGCGAUCCUGGCAGCGUACGCUCACAACGAAAACCCGGAUGAGGCGAAACAUGUCUUCGACUCGAUGACGGAGCGCGAUGUUCUGUCGUGGAACUCGAUCAUUUCUGUGUUUGCCCAAAAAGGGCAUCUGUUGCAAGCGCGAGAUGCGUUUGAUCUUAUGCCCAGCAGAGACAUAGUCUCGUGGAACGCAAUCGUGAACGGCAGUGCCGUGAACGGGUAUCUCGUCGAGUCGAGGCUGCUCUUUAACUCCAUGCCCGAGCGGCAGAUGAUCUCCUGGAACACUCUUCUCUCAGCGUAUGCCCGAAACGGGCAUUUGCAGGAAUCCGAGUGGAUCUUCCGCUUCAUGCCGUUUCACGAUCUCGUCUCGUGGGACGUGAUGAUCACCGCCUACAACCAGGCGGGUCUUUUCUACGAAGCCAAGCGAAUUUUUGACAGCAUGGGCGGGAGAUGCUCGGUAUCCUGGAAUGCAAUGGCGCAGGCAUAUUCCCAGGCAGGGCAUCUCCAGGAGGCGCGCGACGUGUUUGACUGCACGCCCCAGCGUGACUGCGUGUCGUGGAACAUCCUCAUCGUGGCAUAUUCCGAGCACGGGUAUCUGGAGGAAUCUUACGCGCUCUUCAAUCUCAUGCCGGCGUGGAACGGAAUCUCGUGGAACAUCAUGGCCACUACAUAUGCCCUGCGAGGGCACAUCCAGGAAUCUAAGCGAAUCUUCAACUCCAUCCCUUCCAGAAGCCUCGUACUGUGGAAUUCCAUGGUGGCGGCGCACACCCAGAGAGACCAUCUCCUAGAAGCGAAAGCGCUGUUUGAAAAGAUGCCCGGCUGGGACGUGGUAUCCUGGACGACCAUGAUCCAGGGAUAUUCCGAGUCCGGGAAUCUUGAGGAAGCCAAGGGCUUGUUCGAUCGAAUGCCUGGAGUCUGUGCCGGAUCCUCGUCCGCUAGGGACUACCCGUGCUGGAACGCGAUUCUCUCGGCAUUCGUUCACAAGUCACGGAUGGACAACGCAAAGUCCGUCUUUGACAAGAUGCCCAUGCACGACGUCGUCGCCGCCACCUCCAUGGUGGUGCUCUACUCGUCACCCCGCGGCCAUCUCCGCGAGGCCAAGCUCGCCUUCGACUCCAUCCCCGCCCGCGACUCCACCGCCUGGACGAUCCUCAUCUCGGCCUUCGCGACCAACGCCGACCUCGCCGGCGCGGAGCGCAUCUUCGAUCUCGUCCCGCUCCGGAGCUCCUUCAGCUGGAACUACAUGAUCCAGGCCUUCGCCACCGAUCCGCGCAGCCUGGAUCGAGCCAAGCAGGCCUUCGACGCGAUGCCGCAGCGCAACGACGUCCCCUGGAACGCCAUGAUCGGGAUGUACUCGAGCAGCGGCGCGGUGGGCGAUGCGCGCGCCAUCUUCGAUCGAAUGCCCGCGCACGAGGUCCUGGCGUGGAGCGCCAUCCUCACGGCCUACGCGCAGUCGGGCGACCUCGAGUCCGCUGCCCGGAUCUUCGACUCCACGCCGCUCCACGACGCCGUCUCGUGGAGCGCGAUCAUCUCGGCGCACUGCCACAAGGGCCGGAUCCACGACGCCGUCUUUCUCUUCCGCUGCCUCAACCUCGAGGGGAUCCAGCCCGACGAGGUGAGCUUCACGAGCAUCCUCCACGCUUGCAGCCACGCGGGGAUGCUGCGCGAGGCGUGGAGUGGAUUCACGAGCAUGGUGGCCGACUUUGGACUGGCCGCUUUGCACGACCACUACUCGUGCAUUGUAGACGUGCUGGGACGGACGGGAAGGCUUGCGGAGGCCGAGGAGCUCGUCCAGACCAUGCCGUUUCUGCCAAACUCUGUCGAGUGGACGAGCUUGCUGGGCGCUUGCAAGGUGCACGGCGAUCUGGGCCGGGCUGCUCGGUGCGCGAGCUUUGCAAACGGGCUCGGCGCCACGCAUUCCUCGUCGUACAUGCUGCUGUCCAGCGCAUAUACGACGACGAGUCCCAUGGCCAAGGUUAGUCUAACAUGAUUUAUUCUAACACACUGUUUCAGAGUAGAACAAAGUACUUGAGAAAGAUUCUUAAGAUUUGUGAAGUUAAGGAUCACAGCAACUACGGGAACCUGUGUCCAUGCAACAAUCGCCAAUUAAAUCAGUGGGAUGUAUUUUCACGGACGAUGUUGUAGGUGGUGUAGUAGUACUUUCAGUUUCUACCGCUGCAAAAUGUACACUUUCAAGUCGGACAGAGACGCUACAACAAGGAGAACCAUCAAGAACACAACUGCAAUGUAUGGCUUCAUAAUUCUUUUUAGUGUAGAAGUUUUGGAGUGUAACAACGCCUUUAGUGGAUAUCCGUUGCGAAUAUCUAUGUUGUAGAAAAAACAAAUACAAACCAAAACAUUUUUGUCAA